AUGGCCUUUCGUAUCGGCAGGACUUCGAGAGUAAUUCACGCUGCUUCUCCUCGCAGAGAUCGCUGGAAAGACUGGCAGAAGUACCGUGGAUCGGUGUUCUACUUUAUGGGCGUCUGGGGUGUAGACGAACUCAAGGCACUUGCAAGCAAGAUAAAGUCAAGCAGCUACUUGACCUUGCUUCUAGAGGCACAAAUCUCCAAUACCAUCGCAGGCGCAGCUACUGCUUUUGCUACAGACCCCAUGCAUGCCUUCAGCAAUGUCCUCACAAUGGACAUGGGCAGUGUUCACUCUUCCAUUGUUUGGAUGCGCCCGGAAACUAAGCAUGGUUUGAUCAUCUCUCGACGUGCCUGUCAAGCAUUUGUGCCUCACCUUACCGAGGUCGUCGAGCAGCUACACAGAGCCUUCUGUGUACCAACUGCAGCUCAGCGAGUCGCAUCCUUCCAGCAACUCUCCUGGCAUGCCGGUUCACGCAGUAUUGCGGGUGACUUAUUGGAAGGUUACGUGCACAUGUCUCUGACGGCUGGUGGCAACCAUUUCGACUGGUUCACACGGCCUACCAAAGCGGGUGGACAGCUGACUCCAGUUGCACACCCAAAUGUCGCUGCGCAUAUAAAGUCCGCCCAGGUUCCAUUUUACUUUUGCCCGGAUAAGGCGGGCUAUGCUGGUAUUGAUGGUGCUCUUUGCACUGAAGAUUGUGUAUAUGCGAUGCAGUCGACCCUUGAUUGGGAACAUGAAUCCACUCAGGCGGUGCUGGAAAAGCUAAGUAGCGAGCUAGCGCCCGAGAAUAAUUAA